GUAAACAACUUUUUAAAUUGACACGGAAACAUUUUCACUCACAUUCUUAUUUUUAAGAUAAUUUUUUGCUUUUUUAAGUUCUUUUCGAUAUCGCUGACAACUGGUGCGCGACAAAAGCCGUCUCCUCCUAUCACAUUCCAAGGUGAAUUUUUACAUGAAAGCUAACGAAAGAUUUUAAUCGCGAAGCAGCUACUCCUUUCUCCCUAUAAAAGCACCUCGAAGAUCAGAUGAAUGCCAGUCUAAGUCGAUCUUUCACUCUACUUACACACAAUCACCAUGCAGACAUCAUUUGUUGCGGUUAUCCUGUCGGUUUCCUGUGCUUUAGCACGUGCAGGAUUCGCUGGAAGCUACGGUGACGAUCACUCAACUUAUUUCGGGGCAGAAUACGGUGGAGAAGAACAUGUUUACACCCCAACAAAAACUGUCGAAUAUACCAAACCAGUUCCAGUGCACGUUGUUAAGAAAAUUGGAGUUCCCGUACCACACCCUGUAAAUCUUCCAGUUCCUCAAGUUGUUAAGGUUCCAGUUCCACAACCUUAUCCAGUUCACAUUCAUGUUCCCCAACCGGUUGCUAUCCCAAUUUACAAAUUGGUGCCACAAGAAAUUGAAAAGAAAAUUCCAAUCACUGUUGAAAAACCGGAACCACAUUACAUUGAGAAACCUUAUAAAAUUGAAAUCGAAAAGCAUUACCCAGUACAUGUCAACAAACCAUAUCCAGUUCAUGUUCCAGUUUAUAAGCAUGUCUACCAACAUGAAUCUCACCAUCAUAGUCACGAUGAUGGUCAUCAUUAAGAAAUUAGACUGAUUUUUUUAAUAGCGUGCUACUUUUUGUCAGGAUUUAUUUAUUUUCCUACUUAAUUGUUGAAAGUUUUUGUUGUUGUUGAAAUGUUCUUGUUUUUUGUUACAUAAUUAAUUUUUGUUGUUAUUUCUUAUUGUUUUUGUUAUAAAAAAUGUUAAUAAAA